AUGGGUUCUCUGGAUAACGUGGCAGACAAAGCAAUGGACAGAGAAAAACAAGCUGCAGAAGAACAGGACGAGCCCAUUCUGAAAGAACAGAACCAGAGGUUUUGCAUGUUCCCCAUUAGGUACAAGCAACUCUGGGAGAUGUACAAGAAGGCUGUGGCUAGCUUUUGGACUGCUGAGGAGGUUGAUCUCUCCCAGGACAUGCGGGAUUGGGAAACAUUGUCUAGUUCGGAGAAGCACUUUAUCAGUCAUGUGCUAGCCUUUUUUGCUGCUUCUGAUGGUAUUGUGUUGGAGAACUUGGGUGCAAGAUUCCUUAAUGAUGUUCAAGUUCCAGAGGCUAGAGCAUUCUAUGGAUUUCAGAUUGCAAUGGAGAACAUCCAUUCUGAAAUGUACAGUUUGCUUCUGGAGACGUACAUCAAGGACCCAAGUGAAAAGCAUAGAUUGUUUAAUGCAAUAGAAAACAUUCCUUGUGUGGCCAAGAAGGCUAACUGGGCGUUGGAUUGGAUCAACAGUUCCAAUUCAUUUGCAGAGAGACUACUUGCUUUUGCUUGUGUUGAAGGAAUCUUCUUCUCUGGGAGCUUUUGUUCCAUUUUCUGGCUUAAAAAGAGGGGCCUGAUGCCAGGUUUGGCAUUCUCAAAUGAACUGAUAUCCAGAGAUGAGGGUCUGCACUGUGACUUUGCUUGCCUUUUGUAUAGUUUGUUACAGAAGCAACUUCAUUGGCAAAAGGUUCAUCUCAUCAUUGAUGCUGCAGUGGAAAUUGAGACAGAGUUUGUGUGUGAUGCCCUCCCUUGUGCAUUGAUUGGCAUGAACUCUGAUCUAAUGAGUCAGUACAUCAAGUUUGUUGCUGACCGGCUUUUGGUUGCUCUAGGUUACGAGAAGAAGUACAAAGUGGAAAAUCCUUUUGACUGGAUGGAAUUUAUAUCUUUGCAAGGGAAAACAAACUUCUUUGAGAAAAGAGUAGGGGAGUACCAGAAGGCAUCUGUCAUGUCAGGUCUUCAAGAUGCCGGGAAGAAUUUCGUCUUUAACACGGAUGUGGAGUUCUAA